AACGAAAGCCUUGUGCACUACCAAUCAGAUGACAAAAUCCAAGGCCCGCUGUAUUCCCUGGACCACAACCAUUCCCAUUUUAUUUUGGUGGCUGACAUGGCAGCAGAUGAGGCAGAUGGAACCACUGAGCUACGUCUCGCCUUGGAGAAGCACAUUUCUGAGCAGCGCACUGGCUGUGGUGGAACGGGCAGCAUUGAGAUCCCUGUGCUUUGCUUGCUGGUAAAUGGAGGACCAGGAACAUUUGAGAGAAUGUGCAAGGGGCUGGAAAACUCUGCUCCCUGGCUCAUCUUGGCAGGAUCUGGGGGUACAUCUGACAUCUUAGCUGCCUUCAUGAACGACCCACAGCUCAUCACACCAGAGGCUGUUGAGGAGCAAUUUAAGGAGAAAUUCCCUGCAGAAAGCUUCUUGUGGAAGGAUGUUGUCCAAUGGACAGCAAUGAUUCAGAAUAUUAUUUCACACCAGCAUCUUCUAACCCUGCACAACUUUGAGCAAGAUGGUUCAGAGGAACUAGACACAGUCAUUUUAAAAGCUUUAGUAAAAGCCUGUAAAAGCCACAGUCAGGAGGCUCAGGAAUAUCUGGAUGAACUGAAGCUGGCAGUGGCCUGGAACAGAGUGGACAUAGCCAAAAGUGAAAUAUUCAAUGGGGACGUGGAGUGGAAGUCCUGUGACCUGGAGGAAGUGCUGAUGGACGCUCUGAUCAACGAUAAACCAGAAUUUGUGAAGUUAUUUGUUGACAACGGGGCUAACAUACCUGAAUUCCUGACAUACAGUCGUCUGCAGAGACUCUACUGUUCCAUUUCCCAAAAGUGCCUCCUCUACGAACUUCUGCUGAAGAAACAUGAAGAAACUAAGCUGACCUUGGCAAGCCAACAGCGUGAGGAGCAGCAUGAGACCCGCCCGCUCUUCACUCUCAGUGAGGUCUCUAGAGUUCUCAAAGACUUUCUCCACGAUGCUUGCAAAGGUUUCUAUCAAGACCCCAGACAUGGAGGCAAGAGGAAAUCAGAUAAAAUGAACGCAAAGAGACUACCUGAGCCUUUGGACAUGAACCAGAAGAGUGAAAAUCCUUGGAGGGAUUUGUUUGUGUGGGCAGUACUUCAAAACCGGCACAAGAUGGCAAACUACUUCUGGGCUAUGGGUCAGGAGGGUGUAGCUUCAGCUCUGGCAGCCUGCAGGAUCCUUAAAGAGAUGGCCCGCCUGGAGACAGAGACUGAAGUAGCACGGAUCAUGAAAGAGGCCAAGUACGAGCAGCUUGCUGUUGAACUGUUCAGUGAAUGCUACCACAACAGCCAGGAGAGAGCGUUUGCUCUGUUGGUGAGGAAGAACCAGUACUGGAGCAAAACCACCUGCCUCCAGCUGGCCACUGAGGCAGAUGCCAAGUCCUUCUUUGCACAUGAUGGUGUCCAGGCCUUCCUGACAAAAAUCUGGUGGGGAGACAUGUCUACGAACACAGAGAUCCUGAAGUUAAUCUGUGGAUUCUGGUGCCCUUUCCUAAUCUACACAAAUUUAAUAGCAUUCAGUGAGGAAAAACAAUCCAAGAACGAGCCGGAGCCAUUUAGAGAGCUGGACAGUUUAGACACAGAGAGGACUCUCUUUCUUUCCAAGGAGGAGGAUAGAGGAAGCAGCAAAUUGGAAAGCCAGGACCCUUCUGACAACACAGCGUGGGCAACAUUCCUGUUUACUCGGUGGAGAAAGUUCUGGAGUGCCCCUGUGACUGUGUUUGUGGGGAAUGUUAUCAUGUAUUUUGCUUUUCUGUUUCUAUUUACUUAUGUCCUUUUACUAGACUUUAAACCACCUCCACCCGAGGGUCCAUCUGCUAAAGAAAUUAUACUUUACUUCUGGGUUUUUACUCUGGUCUUGGAAGAAAUCCGACAGAGCUUCUAUACAGACGGAGACACAAAUUUAAUGAAAAAAUUUAAACUCUAUGUGGAGGAUAACUGGAAUAAAUGUGAUAUGGUGACCAUCUUCCUCUUCAUCAUCGGGGUAACCUGCAGGAUGCUGGACUCGACUUUUCCAGCCGGCCGCACGAUACUUGCCGUGGAUUUUAUGGUGUUCACACUCAGACUCAUACAUAUUUUUGCAAUCCACAAACAGCUUGGACCCAAGAUCAUAAUUGUGGAAAGGAUGAUGAAGGAUGUUUUCUUCUUUCUGUUUUUCCUGAGCGUGUGGCUCAUUGCCUAUGGUGUGACAACUCAAGCUCUCCUCCACCCCAAUGACAGCCAGGUGGAAUGGAUAUUCAGAAGGGUGCUCUAUCGUCCCUACCUUCAGAUAUUUGGCCAGAUUCCACUGGAUGAAAUAGACACAUCACGGACGUACCCCAGGAACUGUACAUUUAACCCACUGCAGAUCCUGCAGGAGAACUCACCAUCCUGUCCUAACAGCUAUGCCAACUGGCUGGUCAUUCUUCUGCUGGUCAUCUUCCUCCUGGUCACCAACGUCCUCCUGAUGAACCUCCUGAUUGCCAUGUUCAG